ACCAGUAUACUGUAAUGUGUGCUUCAAAAAGGUGUGUUGUCGUUUAGCCACUUCGCGUUGUGUAUAUUUAUGCUAGUGUACUCGGAGCUCAUCGGCUGCCGUCCAUGUAUUGCAAAGAGAAGCUGGAGCUGCCGUACAGCCGGAGGAAACGGAUUAUGUCUGCAAAUAAAACAAAGAAAGUCAAAAUGGCUACUAAAUCUUGUCCUGAAUGCGACCAACAGAUUCCAGUUGCGUGCAAGUCCUGUCCAUGUGGUUAUGUGUUUAUAAGCAGAAAACUUCUAAAUGCCAAAUUAAAUGAGCGCUCUUCUCCAGCUAUAGCAGGAUGGAUACUGUUAAGCAGGGGCUCCCCCAGGAUUAUCUCUGCGUCAAACACUGGAAAUGCAUCAACAUCUGACAAAGUAUGUGGGGAUUGGAUUCAUUUUGAGACUCACCACCCACGACCGACCAACCAGCCAGAACUGCCAGACCAAAAGCCACCAAACCGCCCCAGAGAGGAGUGGGAAGCUAAGCUAAUUCGGUUACGACCUGAGGCUACGCCACUACCCAGCAUGCUCCUGGCUAUCUGAUCGCAGAAAAAUUAGAUGGAUGAAACAGCGGGGGGUCAGUGACUGUUGAGCCCACAUCUUCACAGAGACCUGGAUUCUUCGUGGUCCAGUAUCAAGCUGCACUUGGCGGGCGGACAGCAGGACAGAGAGCAGGACUCCAGGGGACAAGAGGAGAUGGACCCCAUGUUUACAUCAUGACGCUUGGUGCGCAGACAGUCAGAGUUGAUGGACAAGGUUUCCUCGUAUUUAAUUUACCAUAUUAUCUGCCAAGAGAAUACUUUUUCUUGCUGCUGGUUACAUUCUUUGUGGUGAAAAUUCUAAUGUUUUUUGUGUUGAAAAUGGGAUACCUCUGAAUUUUAUUGUUCUUCGCUGUAUUGCAUAAUUACUAGUGCUGUGAAAAAUAACGCGUUAACUGAGUUAAUUAAAUUACAGGUUUAACUAGUUAUUUAUUUUUAACGCAUUUAACGCAUGCGCAGAAUGAGCUUCCAAUCCGUCUGUUGUUGGUCGUCUCUCCAGCAGCAUGUCAUUCUGUCUCUACGUGUCGCGUUAACACGACUCCGAUCUCUGUCUCGCGCGCCGCAGAGCUCGGAUGCCGGCGUGUGCGCGCACAUCGGGACGAAAAAAAGUCACUUGCACCCCCCCCCAUUUCCCCCUGUUAUAAUAGUAGGGGAAACACUGGAGUUGAUAAGCGUGUCUUCUUGUCUGAUCAAUACGCAACUGUGAGGUGCGCGAAUGGACCGAGCGGCCAGCUGCUGAUCACUCACUCAACGAACAGACGGUGCGCCGAAGACCCAUUUUGACCCAGGAAAAACCCUGAAUGUAUAUAUGGGAUUCAAUUCAAUUCAGUUUAUUUGUAUAGCCCAAUUUCACAAAUUACAAAUUUGUCUCGGAGUGCUUUACAAUCUGUACACAUAGACAUCCCUGCCCCAAAACCUCACAUCGGACCAGGAAAAACUCCCAAAUAACCCUUCAGAGGGGAAAAAAGGGAAGAAACCUUCAGGAGAGCAACAGAGGAGGAUCCCUCUCCAGGAUGGACAGGUGCAAUAGAUGUAAUGUGUACAGAAGGACAGAUUUAGAGUUAAAUCAUGAUUAAUCCACAGAAACCUGUGAUUAACCUGAUUACAAAUUUUAAUCGUUUCACAGCCCUAAUAAUUACAUGAUCCUUGAAUUCCUGCAUUCUGGUGACUUUUCAUGGGGAAAAUGUAUUUAUUUAUGUUGUAAAAAUGAGAGGAAGACUGUAGAUUACUAUCAAAUAUUCCCUGUAGAUCAACUAUUUUCAUGGUUUACUCUUUAGGGGGAAUUGAGCUCUUUAAAUGUGCAUGUGGUACCUAUUUACCUAAAUAAUAGAUUUCAAUACAUUUCUAAAGCAAACCCCUGGGUUUUAGUACCUAACAUCUGUUUCAGCAAGAUUUUUGCUCAUGGUCAACUUUAUGCAAAUAUAUCCACACCGUAAUCGAGAAUGAAGCAACAUUUUGAGAAAAUAGAUGAAAUAAUCUCCCUAUUUUACCAAGUAUGAUUUUAGUUUUAUAUAUGUGUUGUGUUAAGUUGCUGCAGUGAGCACAACAGUGCUAUCAUGUGGGAUGGCAAGUAUGCAGGACAACCAAUCACAUAUACAUCAUUAAUCAUGAUAAAUGGGACAAUGUUUUAUGAUUAUGUGGAUAAGUUAGGCAAAUUGCUGGACAAUCAACUGAUAUGUGUGAAAGGCAAGAAUUGUAUUUUGAAAACCUGACUGGAUAAUUGAGAGAUCACCAUAGAACAAAUGAGCAAAUGUGUUCAUAUAUCCAUGACAAACAUCACCAAACUAGCUGCAUAUUUUUAAUUUGAGCUGUUAAAACCAGUCCUCAAAUGCCUGGGGGGACUUUGAGUGAGUAAUCACUGAAAGGUUGUUAUUGUGAUGAUGAAAGAAGUGUGUGAAUUGCUCUCACUUCUUUGGAUAGAAUUAAACCUGCUGAAGUUA